AUGGAGGUCUCCAAACGUAAGUCCAAGAUGGAUAAACAAAGACCAAAAGUAGAGUCUUCGCAGAAAAGUGAAAUUGUUCCUACAAUGCCGAAAGAUUCUUCAAUUCCGAAGACUGAGAAAAAGGCCAAAUCCCAAACCGAUGCUUCAGUGCUUCUACUAGCAGGUCUUAUCAUAUUUCGUUUGUUGAAUGCCCUGCUGAUACAAACAACGUUUGUACCGGAUGAAAUAUGGCAAUCUGUUGAGGUCGCCCAUCGCUGGGUUUACGGAUACGGUGCUCUAACAUGGGAAUGGGAACCAUCUGUAGCUAUCCGAUCUCCACUAUAUCCUCUAAUAUUUGCUGGAUUGUACAAAGCUAUGGCUUAUUUUGGUAUUGAUUCACGAAAUAGCAUCGUUCUAGCUCCUCGUUUAUUUCAUGGCUUCUUAACUGGUGUUGUGGAGUUCACUAUCUACAGAAUGGCUUUCCAGUUAAGUGGAAAGACAUCUGCUAAGUGGGUGUUGUUUGCAGAAGUUACAAACUGGUUUACAGCGUACUGCGCCACACGAAGUCUUAGCAACAGUAUUGAAUGGGCACUUCACGCUGUGUGCUUCCGGUAUUAUCCAUGGCCAUCAUAUCUCGGUUUCCAUUCUGGCUCCUCCCCCGGCUUAUUUAUGCUUCAUGUCUGCUUGUGUGUCAUCUUUCGUCCGACAGCUGCUGUUCUAUGGGGACCAGUCUGCUUGCACUAUAUCAUUCGUGUCUGGUUCACUUCAAGUUUCCGAAACUUUUGUCGAGUACUUGGUCUUGCAUUACUGAUCGGCGUACUCUGUAUGGCUGUUUCUAUCGGGGUUGAUCGAUGGAUUUUUCAUCGAUGGACAGUGAAUCAGAUUAAUUUCCUUAGUUUCAACUUCUUUUCUAGUGGAGCGGAUUUCUAUGGUGUCCAACCCUGGCAUUGGUAUCUAACCAACGGGCUGCCAUCCAUUCUUGCACUUCACUUGCCCUUAUUUUUUAUUGGUUGGUGUGUUGAUUACUCUCGAGGUUGUUUGUGGCUGAAAAGAACUGGUUCGAAACUAAGUUCCCAAGACGUCAAAGAAUCAACCAUUGCAAAAUAUUUUGGUCUCUGGAUUCUGUGGACUGUACUUGCUUACAGCUCUCUGGCGCACAAAGAGUUUCGGUUUCUAUUUCCUCUCUUUCCGCUCUUUAUCUACUACGCGGGCCGUGGUUUGCUCCAUCUAAAUAGAGUCUUCAAGUCGUCGCGGUUUUCGCUUUUUCGAUGUUUGAUUAUCCUUCUCAUUACUGUGAAUCUUGCUUUAGCCGGUUAUACAUGCACAGUUCAUCAGAGAGGCCCCGAUACCUUGAUGUCUGUACUUUCUGCGCAAGCUGAGUCAGCAAAGUGGGAGGAGAUGCCCAAAAAGCCUGAUAUUUUAGUUCUUAUGCCUUGUCAUAGCACACCAUACUUAAGCAAUCUCCAUGUAAACACAAGUCUUCGUCUCCUAGCGUGCGAUCCGGACCUUUCGUCAUGGCACAACACCGAUUCAAGGGACUAUAUCGAUGAAGCUGAGUACUUUUAUGAAAAACCAACUCGUUGGCUUAAUGAAAAUUACCCAAACAGUAAAACCCUGCCUCAGUACAUAGCCACGUUCUCUGAGCUAACUCAGAACCCGGUGUAUGGAGAAACAGUCCUGAAUUGGCUGAAGGAGAGGAAUUACUCCAUGUGUUCGGAGAUAUUCCACGCACAUGCCCUUUCACACAGGAGACACGGUAGGGAAAUUUUCGUUUGGUGCGCGAAGGGAUGGAAUCUGAAUUUGGCUGAGAAGACGAGGGAAAGAUAUGGAGUGUUCCGGUAUAUGAUCUUCUAA